AAAUUAUUUGAAAGCUUAGUAUAUAUUUGUAUGUCGAAUAAGUAAUACAAUAGCUGUAUUUAAGAUGAACAUAUCCAAAUGAACUAGUGAUAGGUUUUACUGAAAAUAUUGAUCUAUUUAGAACUAUACACAAUAAAAAAGCGAAAAUUCGAAAAACAUUCUAUUAAUAACCAUUUGAACGGAAGUUAUUAUUUACAAAUAUGGCAGCGCUUAGAAAAACAUCUGACAUUCAACGUUUUCUGGUUAUUUCAUGGGCAAAUAUUCCAAAUCGGAAAAUCAGUACGACAUUACGCUGUAAUCAAGAUGAAGCGAAACAAGAAACAAGUGUUAAUGCACCUGAAGAAAAUUUUAGAGUAUAUGAGAUAGAAGGUCUUCACAAAAAAGUGGUAGAGAGACGUUUCAAAAGAACACCAAAAACAACUUACCCACCAAGAUUUCGCAGCAUGCCUGUGGACCAAGACUGGACUAAUAUUUGGCCAGCACCUGCUACCUUUAAAUGGGGUACUGUACCAUUUCCUGUGAGGCAAGGCUUUAUAAAGUCUUCUUCAGAAAAUGAUGGUGUUGUACCUUCCAAAUAUGGCAACUUAGAGUUAAUGAAAAUCCCUAACUUCCUCCACUUGACCCCUGCACAUAUCAAGAAGCAAUGUGCGGCCUUAAAAAAAUUUUGUACACCUUGGCCGAAAGGUCUGGAAACUGACGGGAAAUGUCGCUAUCAUUUUCCGCUGGAAACUGUUACAUGUGAUUAUGUAUUCUCUGCUCCAUCGGUGAAGGAUGACAGAGCCAGACAUGUCAUACUGAAGUUUUAUUUGUCAGAUUUAAAACUAGAUGAGCAUGCAAGAGACAAAUUUAUUAGAUUAGUUGGUCACAGGUAUAACCGUGAAACAGAUGAAGUUGUAUUCCAGACUAAUAGGUGUCCACUGAAAUCCCAAAACUUGGAAUUUUUAAAGUAUGUUUUCACGGCUGUGUAUUUUGAAUCAUGGAAAUAUGAGAGCUGGGAAAAGUUAAAAACUUUGGAAGACAUGGAGAAAUAUUUCUGGGACAUCUACCCUUCUAGGAAGAAUUGUUACGCUCUUUUACAAGCAAUCAAAACUGCUGAUGAUUCCUCUGAGACUAAGGAUGGUGCAUUGAGUUACCUCCCCUCGGACAUGAAAGAUGAGGAAGCUGUAUGCAGCUUGCCACAAGUUCAACAAUUAAAAUCUGCCACGGAAAGUUUAUUGAACGAAGGAGAAAAUAUCGACUCAUUAAAUAGUUACAAAGAAGCUGUAAAGAAUUUAUUAAAUAUUAAAUGCAGUUUUCCUGUAUAGUUUAAAAGAACCCAAAUUUGCUUGUAAUGAACUUUGUAAGCUGCAUUAUUAAUUGAAACAAACUGUAUGGAAUACUUCUGUCCUGCAGCUUAAGGUCAAGUGUGUAUCAGGUGAUGAUGUUUAAUGGAAUUGUAUUCUUGUACAGGUUUUGAAUGUGCACAAGUGUGAUGCCAAAUUUUUGUAUGAAAAUAUUUUAUUUAAAAGAACAACAUAGAUCAAACAAU